AUGUUUCAACCAAUUGAUUUUAUAAUUUUUAUAUUUUUUCUCCUAGCUUCAAUAUUAGUUGGCAUUUAUCAUGCCUGGAAGGCUAAACAAAAAGAACAUGAACAUGGUUCGAGUGCUGAAUACUUAACUGGUGGUAAAAAAUUACCAAUUCUUCCUGUAGUUUUAUCAUUAUUAACAACAUUUAUUUCUGGUAUAGCAUUAUUAGGUUUACCAGCAGAAAUUUAUCAAAGAGGUAUCAUUUUAAUGUUAGGUUUUAUUUCUGGAGGAUUUUGUUUUUAUAUAACUGGUAAAUUUUUUGUUCCUGUUUUUUAUAAUUUACAAUUAGUUUCUGUUUACCAGUACUUUGAACUUCGUUUUGGAUGUAAAUAUUUAAGACGUAUUGGUGCAAUACUUUUUUUAUUAUCAACUGUUUUUUAUAUGGCUGUAGCAAUAUAUGCACCAUCAGUUGCAUUAGUAGGUAUAUCAAAUUUACCAUUAUGGCCAUUUAUUUUGGCUGUUGGUGUUGUUUCAACAAUAUAUACAUCAAUUGGUGGAAUUAAAGCUGUGAUAUGGACAGAUACAUUACAAGCAUUUUUUAUAUAUUUUGGUGUUGGUACAUUAAUAAUUAAAGGUACACAUGAUAUUGGUGGAUUUUUUCAUGUUAUAGAAAAAUUAGAAGAAACAGGAAGAUUAUCAUUUAGUUUAAAUAGAUUUUCAUUUUCAUUAACACAAUAUGGUAAUAUUUAUAUACUUACAAUUGGUGCUUUAUUAAAUUGGAUAUGUUUUUAUGGUUUAAAUCAAAUGGCACUUCAAAGAUAUACAUCAAUGCCAAGUUUAAAAAAUUCUAUAACAGUAAUUAAUUUUACAAUACCAGCAUUUAUUAUAAUAGGUGUAAUGUGUUGUUUUAUUGGAGCAUUAAUGAUUUCAUAUUUUGAGGGAUGUGAUCCUAUAGCAUUAGGUCAAGUUAAAAGUUAUGAUCAAAUGAGUAUUUUAAUGGCUGAAAGGGUAUUAAAAUUUAUACCAGGAUUACCAGGUUUAUUUUUAUCAACAUUAUUUUCAAGUACACUUAGUACAAUAUCAAGUGGUAUGAAUAGUAUGACUGCCGUUAUAUGGGAAGAUUUUCUUAAAGAAGGAAGAGUUGUUGAGGGAUGUAAAAAAAAUGAUAAAAAAAAUACUUUAUUUAUGAAAAUGAUGUCUUUAUUUAUUGGAAUUAUUGCUACAUUAUUAGCAUUUAUCUGUGAUUACAUGGGUGGUGUAUUUAAUGCUGCUGUUACAACUUUAUCAGUUGCCGCAAGUCCAUUAGUUGGUGUCUUCUUCUUAGGUAUAUUUUUUCCUAGUGCCAAUAAACGUGGUGCAUAUGCUGGAUUGAUAAGUGGUAUAACAUUUUUGUUAUUAUGUUCAUUAAGUUAUAAUAUUGAAAAACCAUAUUUAACAUAUGUUUUACCAUUAAAAUCUAAUAAUAUAUCACCAGGAUGUAAAGUUAAUAAUGAAAAUUUUACAUACUCAGAGAGUACCUUAGAAAAAUAUACAUAUUUAAAAGUUAAUUUUACUGAAUCUGACAAAGAAUAUCUUGAUAAAAUGCAUUUUGGUAAAACAGAUAAAAAUAUAGAUAUAUUUGCCAGAAUAUCACCACAUUCAUACUCUGCUAUUGGUAUUACAAUUUGUAUAACAAUUGGAAUUAUUGUUUCUAAAGUUUUUCCAAUGUCAGAUUCUCAUUAUACAGAAAAUCAAUUAAAAUUAAUUAAAAAAUGUACAUAUAAAGGAAGGAAUUUAAAUAUUAAUGUUAAAGAAAUUAUAAAAAAUAAUAUUGAAUUGGUUAAAAAAGAUAAAUCAGGAAAGUUAUGGUUAUCAAUAUCAACAAAGUAA